CUCGCCGUCCUUCUGUUCUCCAUCCUAGACAAUGGCGCACGCAGCUCUCGCACCCGGCCACUUCCUUUUCACGUCCGAGUCCGUCGGUGAGGGACACCCUGACAAAAUUUGUGACCAAGUCUCGGAUGCCAUCCUCGAUGCCUGCCUGGCGCAGGACCCCUUCUCCAAGGUUGCUUGCGAGACCGCGUCGAAGACUGGCAUGAUCAUGGUGUUCGGUGAGAUCACCACCAAAGCAAGCAUCGACUACCAGAAAGUCAUCCGUGAGACGAUCAAGAAGAUCGGCUACGACGACUCGUCGAAGGGCUUCGACUACAAGACCUGCAACAUCCUCGUCGCCAUUGAGCAGCAGUCGCCCGAUAUCGCCCAGGGUCUCGACCACGGUUCGCUGGAGAACAUCGGUGCCGGUGACCAGGGUAUUAUGUUCGGUUAUGCGACCGACGAGACCGAGGAGUACAUGCCCCUCACCAUCAUGCUUGCGCACAAGCUUAACGCGGCGAUGACUGCUGCCCGCAACUCCGGUCUCCUCCCGUGGCUGCGCCCCGACUCUAAGACUCAAGUUACCAUUGAGUACAAGAAGGACAACGGUGCCACGAUCCCUCUUCGCGUGGACACCAUCGUUAUCUCCACCCAGCACGCUGAGGAGAUUUCCACCGAGGAGCUGCGCAAGGAAAUUAAGGAGAAGAUCAUCAAGGCGGUCAUCCCCGCCCACCUCUUGGACGACAAGACCGUCUACCACAUCCAACCCUCCGGCCGCUUCGUCAUUGGUGGUCCCCAGGGUGAUGCGGGUCUGACUGGUCGUAAGAUCAUCGUGGACACUUACGGUGGCUGGGGUGCACACGGUGGAGGCGCCUUCUCCGGCAAGGACUGGUCGAAAGUCGACCGAUCUGCCGCCUACACUGCUCGGUGGAUUGCCAAGUCCAUCGUUGCUGGCGGUCUUGCUCGUCGCUGCCUCGUGCAGUUGUCGUACGCCAUCGGUGUUGCCGAGCCGUUGUCUGUCUACGUUGACACGUACGGCACGGGCAAGAAGUCGGAUGAGGAGCUCGUAGAGGUUAUUAGGAAGAACUUCGACCUGCGUCCAGGUGUCAUCGUCAAGGAGCUCAACCUGCAGAAGCCCCAGUACCUUAAGACUGCCUCUUACGGCCACUUCGGCAACCCCGAGUACUCUUGGGAGAAGCCCAAGAAGCUCGCCCUUUGAGCUGGUUCAUUUGCACCAUGCUACAAAAUAUCUGCUCGCAUCUAACGGCAUUCCAAUAUUGCAUCGGAAGUUCAUCCUUCCACUAUCAUUAUUACGCAUCGCAUGACCCCACCGCAUUCUCCCGAGAUACCCCAAUCCCUCUGCCGCCUUUACACCCCCACUAGCUGCCACGCAGUGCUGCACGACAUUUUAUGCAUCUACUGUCACUACUCGGUUGUCCAGCACCGCGUACUGUGUUUUCUUAGAUGAUUACUAGGUCCUUAUAAAAUGGUAAUUACCGCGUUCAACCGCGUAUUGUAGCAAUAAAAUAUUUUUGGGAUUUAC